AAAUCCUGUUUUUCAGUGAGAGGCAUGGCACCUGGUCAGGACCAGCGGCUAGAGAAGCUGAUCGAUGAGGUGCUUGGAGAUGGCAAUUUCCAGGCAAUGGAUGUGUUCUUAAAAGGGGGUAUUCAGGACGGCGCCACAUUAAAAUGUUCGAGACGUUUUCUCACUAAAUUGGACAAACUUGUCAACAGGAGUUUGGAUCACAAUGAAGCCAAACCUGCCAGUAUAGGUAUCGCCAUCCUCUACAAGUGUGGAAAAAAUCUUUCGCUAUUUGGAGUUCAGGGGCUAUCAGGAAUCGUAGCCCAGGGCCUCGUCAGAAAGAUGGUGAAUUGGUUUGAAAAAUGCAGGCAACUUUGGGUCCAGGGCGGCCCACAGAGGGAUGAGACCUUGCUGAACCUUGCUGAAGACUUUUUUGAGUCAUUGAUGGUUGUCCAUGAAGCAAGCAAUGAGGGAACAUAUCAGAUCACCGAAUCUCUUCUCUAUCCCAUUGGCAAAUUGGCUGCAGACCCUAGAAUCUACAUUAUGAUCCAAAAAGAGGCAAUUCGCAAAUUCAACAUUAUUCUUGACAAAAUACCUGUGCAGCUGAAAAAAGGGAAGAAUAUUUUGUCAUCGCAGGAAGCAAAGGAUGUAAUGACCAAGUUGGCUGGAAGGAUUUUGGAUGGUGGUGAUUAUGACCUGCAGACUGCCCUGAUUGAAGCACUUUGCAGAAUGGCCACGUCUGAACAAAGGAAAGAAUUGGCUGACCAGUGGUUCACGCUGGGAUAUGUGGCCAGCGCUUUCAUCAAGAUCCACGACUCUGAGUUUGAGACGGACUGCCGCAAGUUUCUGAACCUGGUGAACGGGAUCCAGGGAGACAGAAGAAGAGUCUAUUCCUACCCUUGUAUGGAUGUAUUUCUGGAUAAACAUGAGUUACUCAUGCCCUCUGAUGAGAAGCUAGAGGAGUUCUGGAUUGACUUUAACUUGGGCAGCCAGAGCAUCUCUUUCUACUUCACUUUGGCUGAUGGGGAGGCACAGGAUGGGCAAUGGGACACAAUCUGCAUCACUGAGAAUGAAGUCCAGAGCUACACAGUUACAGACAUGGGCAGUCAGCGUGUCUUGAGGCUGAAGCUGUCAGAGUUGGUGUGUGUGGGUGUAGUGGAGGGGGCCAACCUCACCAUCCACUUCAGCUCCACCCUGGACAUCCUUCAAGCUGCCCUCGCUGUCUACGGACACAUCAAGAACAAAAGCUUUGUGGGCAAGAGCAGCACAUCUGUAGCGAAGACAGCCAUUAAGCUUAUAAUGGAUGAUAGCUCCCAGGAUGUUGUUCCAGAGAGCCAGGUCAGACUUGGUAAUGAAAGGGAGAACAACAAUGCCCUCUACUUCCAUACAUUGUGAUUAUCCCUCCAGGUCAUUACGCCAGCCAAGAGGAAGAUCUCGGAGUCCACCACCUUUAUUACCAGCAGUGCUGGAAGCAGCGUGUGUGGCGCCAGUCCCUUCUCUGUUAUGCCAGCAAACACUCCAAGCAAGGGAAAGGUCAAGCCAGCUCUGGAAAUGGUCCAUUCAUGUAAAAGACAGGGCCAGUCGAGCCUGGGAGAGCUGAACGUUACUGAGAAGACCACUCGUCAUGGCAUGAUCCCAAGCAGCACAACAAUGAAAAGCAGGACAGAGCUGGUUGACACCUCCCUGAAGAGCAAAGCCUCCAAGGUGGUCACCAAAAAUAUGGCCAAAAAAUACCAUAAGCACAUUCCACUGGAGAAAGCGGUUGAGAUGGUGCAAGCUGAACAGGGGGAAGAACAGGAUCCCCUGGAGCUUCAACCAAAUUUGGAGCAGCAGCAGGAGUGCCCAUCCUCAGCCCAGAGAGCCUCAGUUCUUGGCUCAGGCCCAAUCAGCCACAAGCAGCUGCAUGCACAGCUCACCCAGCGUCUGGAGGAGGUCAUCAAGGAUAUGAACCAAGGCCCGGAGCCUCAGGAAUUAAGUAGAUCCCAAGGAAAACAGCCUAAGCACAAAGGGGGAAUCAAAGGCCCAUUGACGCCCAUCCCAGCUCCACAGAAACCCAAUCUCAAAGCUAAGGCAACGGCUUCUAGUAAGGAGAAGAGAGAUGCAGAGGCGACAGGCAGCAUGGUGAAGCUCAUCUCAAGUCAUUACAAGAAUAAUACUUCCACCACAAAAGCCAGAAAAGAAAACAUUCCUCUUUGCUGGGUUCCUCCUCUUAUUAACAAGUCAAUCUUUGCUAAGAGUUGGUUGCCUACCACUAAAGGGAGGAGAUGUGUGAAGAAACACUUAUUUAGUGACACAGACACUGACAGCGCCUUGACAGAGACAAGCUGGCUGAGGGAGUCGAGCACAAAAGUUAAACCCAUAAAGAGACCCAGAGUAAAGAAGGCAGUGGAGCAGCCAAAGGAGCGAGUGAAGUUGGCAGCAAGAAGUAGGCCCCAGAGAACCGCAGCCACCGCUAUGAAGAGCUACAGAGAGCCAGACACUGAUGGAAGCCAGUCAGAAUCAGAGAACCCUCCUGUUCCCAAAAGGCACUCCUCUACUGGCCUGCAGCAGAAAAGUGAGAGGCCUUGUCAAGGAACUGCUGAGUUGAAGAAGAAGAAGAUCCCCCCUACCAAAGUAUAUACGGGUUUACACAAUUCCCGGACCACCCGCCUGGCCUCCUUCACUCCCUCCCCUUCUCCCAUUGAGAGGAUGAGAUCUGCUGAGAGGCCAGCACCAACGACCUCUUCCCCUCUGUUCACCCCGCUGAGAACCCCUCCCUCUAACUCCCCCAACCCUCAAAGCAAGUACACUCCUGCAACCAUUCUGGGGCUACCCAAACCUGUGCACUCUGCAGUCAGCAAUAAACUUAACUUCCAGCACUCAUCAUUCUACAGCAAAAAGGGGAAGUGUAACUCAUCCAAGACUCCAUCCCUCUUCACUCUCCCUUCUUGCCCUUUGCUCACCCAAAUGAGUCAAACCCCUGCACCCCAUCCCACCAAAAGACCCAGUCUUGCCCAGCUGAGCCCAAUCCAGCAGACCCUGUCAACCAGUCCCCAGUCUCCCUUAUCCGAGUUCUCUCAACCCCUGUUGGAGUUGGAGCUAAACAAGUCCUCCAUGCUCUCCCCUCCCCAGUUGCAACUCCCUCAGACUCCAAGGGAAUGUCUCAGCCAAGGCCUCAAUUGGGGCUACAAGAAAGGGUCAGUAGUAUCAUUAAGCCAGUCUUCCAGCAAAUCGUCAGUCCCCAUCACCAAGCUGAAAGUUCAGUCCGCUGCUGCACUGGCUCUUGCUAAUAAAUAUAAGAAAACACCAUCAGACAAAGAUCAUCAAAUGUCAGGGCCUAGCCGUAAACGUCACAUCUCACACCCCUCAUCCAGUAACUCAGAGGAAGAUGAGAAGGAGGAAAGUCCUAAGGACAUGGGGAAAAGGCAUUAUUCUGCCAGAAUGAGGCCCAGGAAACUGUUCAAAUCCUCAAGCAAAAGACUGUCAAAAGCAGAAAGCUAUGAAGAGCAGAGCAGCUUGGAAAAGGAGGAGGAGGAGAAGGUAGAAAGCUGGCCAAAGGAUGGUGCUCUCAUAGCUGCCACGAAAGGCUAUAAGCACAUCAAGAUGUCAUCUGAGGGUGCGGUGAACGGGGAGGUGGCCACCUCCCAUACAGCGAACUCCAACCAAUGGGCUGAAGACGAUGUGGACAUGGACAAUUACUCAGAGCUGCCAAACAUCACUGUUGCCACCAAUGAGCUGGGCUCUAUGUGCCAUCAGUUCAGUUCUGAGCUGCAGUGGAAGGUCCAGAACCGCUCCAGGAGGAUGGAAGUUUAUACCAAGCAGUCUCUGAAGACAGUACAACAGCAUGUGUCCUCUCUCAGCUUGCAUGUUGGCAAAUACAGGAAUGAGAGGCUGGAGAACGUCUGCAAGGUCUUCAUGGAAGAGAUCAACAACUUGGAACAGGAUAACAACUCACUGGUGGACAUGGAGAAAAACUUGACUUCAUACUGGAAAAAGCAGAGCAUGGCUUUGCGUUCCUACCAUAAUCAGAGAACCAGGAGGCUUGAGACCGUGAAAAAUGCCCUCCAAAGCCAUGUAUGUCACAGCCUGGAGUAUGAGGGGAAGAUAUUCACCUCCCAGAUGUGCUUGAUGAGUGAAGACAUGAGGUCGCUCCAGGACAGGCUCUUCAAAGAGAUGCGAGAGGAGGAGCUUCAGAGUGUGAGGAGAGGAUUACAGGCUUUGUUUCUGACUGAUGGAGUAAGAUUCUGACUCCAUCAAACAAAUUGCACUGAC